GCCGGUGGAGUCGACCGCCCGAACGCGGCCUAGUCGUGAACAACUUCAAAUAAAUACCCACAGAGCUUGCUUUGAUAACCGUUGUACUACUGGAUAACAUUCAUCAUCAAACAAGGAUGAUACGAUUAUUGUCCAAACACGAACUGCAGAAGAGAUGACUCAACUCACUCAACCAUAAGAAACAUCAUAGAGCGACCAUUCAAAUGUAGCGUUAAGUGAUGAACAAUACGUAACAAUGCUAGCCGACGACACUCGGUACGGCAAUGACACAUACAGAGGCGAGUUUUCUGACUACAUUUACGAACCGAGUUUGUUGUCACUCCUCGGUAAAAACCGGUCGAGUUUUAAGGAUGUCCUCGUGGCUCUGGAAGACUGGAGGACCAGGAACAACAUUUCCGUCAGGGUUGGCACAGAGUGCUCGGCGUUGGAUUACUGUUCGGGGGAGUUUAGGGAUGUUAUACUGGCGUACAACAGUAUACAUGGAUACGUUAGUCUGUUGGUAUGCCUAUUCGGUAGCCUGGCGAACGCCCUGAACGUGGCGGUGCUGACGCGGCGCGACCUGGCCGCGGCGCCCAUCAACCGGCUGCUCAAGUGGCUGGCCGUGGCCGACGUGUUCGUCAUGCUGGAGUACGUGCCCUUCGCCGUCUACAGGUACCUGAUCCUACCGGCACAAGACGAGAGACCGCACUCGUGGGCUGUGUACAUGCUGUUUCACAUGCACUUCACGCAGAUCUUGCACACCGCCUCCAUAUUGCUCACGUUGUCCCUUGCUGUCUGGCGAUAUAUAGCUAUCAAGUACCCUUCAUACAGCCCAACGCUGUGCACAGAUCGUCGCUGUUCCAUGGCGAUUCUUAUUAGCUUCGUCUUGCCGCCAAUCCUUUGUAUUCCUUCAUAUUUUGUGUUCACAAUACACAAGGACUUCACUAUAGACGUGAGCUCCGGCGCCGCUAUGAAAGUUUACUUCGUGGAUUCAGACUUCGAUGGCAGUCUUUACCAAAUAAACUUCUGGGUUCACGCGGUGUUUAUAAAGUUAUUGCCCUGCGCAAUCCUCACUAUCAUAAGCGCGUGGCUCAUUCGGGCUUUGUAUCGGGCGAAUACCAGGAAAAAAGCUCUCAAAAGCUACAAUGCGUGUCCGUCGGAUACUGGCGUCAAUGGGAACGGAAACUUUUUCACGAGAAAAUCGACCAAGCGCUCAAAAGCCGAGCGGCGAACGGACAGGACCACUAAGAUGCUGCUUGCUGUCCUCCUGCUAUUCUUGAUCACUGAGUUUCCACAGGGAAUUCUGGGUCUGCUGAGUGGCAUGCUGGGGCGGUGCUUCUUCAAGCGCUGCUACGACCUGUUCGGAGAGCUGAUGGACGCGCUGGCGCUGCUGAACGGCGCCAUCAACUUCGUGCUCUACUGCUCCAUGUCGCGCCAGUUCCGCACGAGCUUCGGGCAGAUCGUGCGAGCGCGGUGCGCGCCCACACAGCGCGCCGUGUCUCACACCGAACUUCAAACUACAUUCGUUUGAAUUUGGAACAAACAUUCUCCAUGGGACUCUCAUUGACAUGAGUUCAUUGUACACUGGACGAUUGCCCGGCAAAUUCUCAUUCAGUAGAGUCAAAUGUUGAAAAAACCGGUUGCCAAAAAGUAAUGUGAUUUGCCAGUCGCUUCAAGAGGAUUUAUAAAAUUUUUGUCUAGACUAUAUUUACCGAGUGAUGAUUAAAAUAGAAGCAUAAGGAAAGGAACUGUUUUUAGAAGUGAUGACGGUUGAGGUAUUGAGUUGUGUUUGCUACAAAACUGUCCGAAAGAUAAUUAGAAUUUUGGAAUUGAUAUAAAUUUGACCUGCUUCUACUUAUAAAUGUCACAGACAUAUUGGUGCAAGCAAGAUUCAAUGCAAACGCAAUGAACACAUUAAUGUUAUAUUAAUGGAAUGACCUACUUUGCAAGACUUUUUCAAUAUUUAAAGGUACCGUUGGGAUGUCAACUUAUGAUAGAUAUUGAUAAUAAUUAUCUGUGUUUAGUCCAUCGCUUUCAUCAUCCAAUAGCCUAGUUCAUUUUAGAUUCCAAUUGCUGUCAAAUAGUCCUUACACCCUGGCUGGUGCUGCCUCUGCGCGUGUCCCAUGAGACGGGCAAGGGAAACAUCCGCUCGGUCUACUUCCUACAUUUCAUUAAAGUGUCAAAAGGUCUCUACGCGUUGGCUCCGGCCCCGCGCACGCCUCCCAAAGGUCCGGAACACCAUUGUUCCAUGAUUGGAAAGACAUACAAAUAAUCUGUGUUGAAACACAUAUUCCUUUAGCUUCGAAAACUAGGCAGGCUAUAGUCGAGAGCGCUUGAAUGACGAAUGGACUGGUGCAUGAUUAAAUUAUGUGUCAGUGUGUUUACAAUGUGUAGAUAUCCAUCAUUCCC